CAACUCCAGCAGGGCGUGGAUGCGGAUGUAUAGGCUCUGCUGAUGUAGGUGGGGUCUGAGGAAAUGGAUCCUUGUGUGUAUUUACUAACGGAGAGGACGUUAGGGUUUUCUUGUUGGCAUGCUGCUGCUAAGCCCAGUUGGAGACUACAUCAAACUAAUUUAGUGUAAAUACUGGAAGGUAAUAAUUAUAUAAUGUGUGAGUCUGCUUCAAUUUGACUUGUUUAGCAAAAACUAAUCCAGUGACCUUAUUUCUAAAUGUAGCCUGUUCCUGCAAGCACUUUGGUUAUGUAAUUUGUUAUUGUGUGUUAUAGGGGUACUUUGAUUAGGCUUUUACGGGUCAAUACAGAUCACUGAUUUACUUACUUGUGAAGAUCUGCGUCUUAUUUUUCCAGCAAGCAUUAUAAAGGAGACUCUGUGAAGCCACCGCUAUUGUAAAAAAGGACAUCUCAUCCUGUUUUCAAGCCACAAAAAGAGCAAGUCAGUUUAACCAAUGCCGUCUCUGUGGGCUCGAGAGUAGCAUCCAGCCUUGUGCCUUGUGAAGGGGAGAUUAUGCAGUCCUAAUUAACUGGGAAGUGAAAACACUUUUCAGCUUUGCUUGUGUAGUUUCCUUUUCUAUUAAGAUGAUUUUCAAAUUCACCAAUGGAUAUCUGUCAUGAUUGGGUGCCCAAUGUAUCAGAAUAGGGGUGUUUAAUAAAAGAUUGAUACCGUAGAUUUAAAUAGUCUGUGUUUACAGUUCAUUCUUGCAGCUCUAGAGAAAUGGACGAGGUAAUACGGUAUAUCGUUUGGAUGAGAUUCCUCUAACCUGCAUAAAUACUGCCGCUACUGUCAAAGUGGCCGGGCUAGAUUUUGUGUGAAACAUUUUGUGGCUGAAUUGCAAUACAACAUAUUUCAAUUGGAGGCAUCUGUUUAUCCUUCUUACAGAUUUGUUUUGACCAUAGAGCAAGCCUUUUGUUGUGAAAUUGGCCGAAAAGAAAGCUUGAAACUGUUGGUGUUUGUUGAUAUGACAGUAAAUCUCUGGCAAUUCUCAAAGGACAUGAACCAGUCUAUUUUAGGCCAUUCCCAACUGCUGAGGGUGAUCCUGAGGGGUGGAUAACCAAAUGCUUUCACACAGUCUUGAGCCUAUAGGCUUAGCCCAAAACACUAGAGACCCGGCUGUCCUUAAUUCAGUUUUAAUAUGAUACUGGAAUAAUGCAGUUUUAUUGGAGAACAUCAUAUUUUCAUCCAGUGUUCACGUUUAAAUUGGUUUUUAACUCUCUUAAUUGAGAUGCAUUACAUGCAUCAAUGCAAGGCAAAGAUAAGUUAUCUGAACUCAGAGGUCAAAUCUGCACUCUGUCAGAUUGCAUCACUUUCCCAUCAUCCGGUCACCCUUGUGUCCACACUUCCUGUCUCACAGCUGGCCCGCCAAGUCUCCCAUGACCCUUUGCUGCUAUGCUUCUGUUUUGUUUUGAGAGAAUCUAGGACAGCUGGGAUGUGUUGCAGUCUCAUGGGCUUUAGUUGCUGUCCCCGUGGCUCGAUGUGAAAAAGAACACGCCGCAUAUUCGUCAGUCCGCCGCCGUCCUGCACCGUCCGAUUGUGAAGCCGGACCUGCCGUGUGGCCACAAUGUCUACAGAGAAGUAUCAAAUUCCUUGAAGUUGUCAGCUUUGAUGCAGUACAGUGUACUGAGUGCAAGAUGACGGAAGAGGUGAUUGUCAUCGCCAAGUUCGACUACAUGGCCCAGCAGGACCAGGAGCUGGACAUAAAGAAAAACGAGCGCCUCUGGCUCCUCGACGACUCCAAAUCCUGGUGGAGGGUUCGAAAUGCCACCAACAAAACAGGCUUUGUGCCGUCCAACUAUGUGGAGAGGAAAAACAGUGCCAGGAAAGCUUCUAUUGUCAAGAAUCUCAAAGACACACUUGGAAUCGGGAAGGUGAAGAGCAGAAAGGGGGGGAUGCGAGACACGGCCUCCAACGCAGACACAGACAUGGGUGCAGAUAACAGCGAGCGACUGUACGACCUCAAUCUCCCCGCCUUGGUCAAGUUCAGCUACACGGCCGAGCGCGAGGACGAGCUGUCUCUGGUGAAAGGCACGCGGGUUGUGGUGAUGGAGAAGUGCAGUGACGGCUGGUGGCGCGGCAGCUACAGCGGACGGUCUGGCUGGUUUCCGUCCAACUACGUGACGGAGGACAUGGACGGGACGGCGGGGGGUGGGGGCAUGGGUGGCCUCGGAGACCCGGCCGGAUCGCUAACGGAGAAGCUGGCGGCCGUGGUGAACAGCACCACGAAUGGGAACAGGGUGCUGCACACGGUUCAGGCACUCUACCCUUUCAGCUCGGGCAAUGACGAGGAGCUUAACUUUGAAAAAGGCGAGGUGAUGGAGGUCGUGGAGAAGCCCGAGAACGACCCGGAGUGGUGGAAGUGUCGCAAAGCGGACGGACAACUGGGCUUGGUGCCUAAAAACUACGUCACUGUGCUGGACUCCGCCUCCCAUAAAUCCGCCGCAGGGCCUGCUGGGCCGCCCACGCCCGACUGUGACUACAUCUCGCCCUCAAGCAUCGGACGCUUCGCGGGGAAGGAGUGGUACUACGGGAAGGUGACGCGCCACCAGGCGGAGGUGGCCCUCAACCAGAGAGGCGUCGAGGGGGACUUUCUCAUCCGAGACAGCGAGUCCUCGCCAAAUGACUUCUCCAUCUCCCUGAAGGCGCAGAGUAAGAACAAGCAUUUCAAAGUGCAGCUGAAAGAAAACCUUUACUGCAUUGGACAGCGCAAGUUCAACUCUAUGGAGGAGCUUGUUGAACACUACAAAAAGGCCCCCAUCUUUACCAGUGAGCAGGGAGACAAACUGUACCUGAUCAAGGCUCUGGCUGCUUCCUGAUCCUUCUGUUACACACACACACACACACUUCCACGCAGACACACACACAAACCUAUACAUUAACUGCAUCCCUAUAUAAAUACAUACAGAUACUUACGCCAGAACACACACUAACAUUUAAACUCCGAGCCUGAGGACGCAUCAUCAGGACUUAAAUGCCCGAUUUGUGUGCAUUCCAAGAGGAGGUAUGGAAAACGUAGGGGAGACACACGGAGGAAUGGAAGGGGAGACAAAAAGACGAUGGACUCCUGAGAGUUGACUACAGACUUCUUGUUCGCCUAUUUUAAAUUAUCCAGAUGUGUUAGGUCAUAGGCAAUGCCAUUUAUUUCCACCUUGAUAUCUAUUAGAGUUGCCUUUUAGUUUCUUUUUUUUUUGUUUUUUUUUGUUAAUAUAUAAUCUUUUUAACGGUUUCUUUUUAAAAAUUUGACUUUUAACUGUAUCCAAUUCACAACAACCACCCGUAUGAGGCAUUUUUCAGAUGUUCGCAAACUCGCCUACAGAGGUCGACAUUUCAACUCGUUUUUAUGUUGUCUGUCUUCAUUUUUUCUCUCUGAUUUGUGGACACGCUAAUCCACAACUUCUGCUAACUGCUAAUCAUGAAUAAAAUCUAAGUGACCAAAAUAUAUUUAUUGAUACAAUUCUGUUAGGAGAUUGCACGGCGCCUGUGGUUGGAGGAUUUGGAGGAUUCCUCUUGUGCAAAGUCAAACUUAGUUUAUUUUUGUACAACCAAACUGCUUGUCUUACAUAUUGCUGUAUCCAUAUCAUGUGAAUGUUACAAAGCCGAGACAUUGCAGACAGUUGGUGGGGGGGGGGAGGGGCUGACUUUGCAUGUUUGCAUGCAGGCAGUGAAGGCGCUUUCACUGCCAUCUCCCAAAAGAGAGACCGUCUUCAUGAGCGACGGGGAGUUUAUCUAGAGGUCAUGUGACGAGUCAGAAAGGACUUUCCUCCCCGGCCGCCUGCCGCAGUGUGACUGACAGCUGAUGCCUCCUCCCAGUGUCGCUAAAGGGGAUGUUUCUCUGGAGGCGGAGGGAGGAGGGCAUCGGGGUGGGUGCGCGCUGACGACAGUGCAGCUUCCAAACGCACACCAGUUCUGUGGAGCUGGGAGGGGAAACGGAGGAUGAUGUCACUGCUCCUCAAUUAGUGAUCACUGGAGGGAAAGGAUGAGUGGGGUCACUCGGGGGUCGCGUUUGUGCGGUUGCAGCACAUACACGUCACGCCAGGAGACGGCCUCUUUCUCGUAGACACAGACGGUUUCCUGAAACAAAUGACUUUUUACGACAAAGUACUGGUAAAAGAAAUGCGAGAUAUUUUCUUUGAUACCUGGGCUAAUAUUUCCAUGGUCAAUAUGUCUUAAGAAGGGUCCUAGAUCGGGGAGUCCGGCUUCGCGUUCCCCAAAUGUACGGUCGCCGUCAAGUCGGAAUAAAGUGCACCUAAAUGUGUUCAGUAAAACACACGGUUUGUAUUUCCAGUGAACGGGUAUUUGUGGAGUGAAAAUGGACCAAGUAGUGUUUGAAUGUUGAAGAGGCAGCGAGCAGCAGUGAGCCGCUGCAGCCGCUCGCUCGGGGAGAUGAUGAACACGAUGAUGAGUUCUCCAGCCGCGGCCAGUUGGACCCGAGUGCAGAGAGGGGGUGGAUUUCAUAGUGGGGGAAUGGAAAAAAUGGACCUUUUUUAAAAAAAAAAAAAAAAAAAAAAAAGCGGUGAAGUAGGAUCUAGGGAGGAGACUUGGAGAAUGUGUUCCACUGAAUGGAGUAUCUGGAGUAGCGCUCCCAGGUCCACUACGAGAGGGGAAGUGAACGAAGGCCAACGCCGAUGUAUCACAGGAGAAAAGAAAGGCUUUCAAGGUCUAAUUAAUCCAAGCAGGAAAAAGGCAGUCGUGCCACAAGGAACUCAAAACAUGGAUGUGAACCUUUUUUUCUUCUUUUCUUUUCUCUCCAUUCCCCAGAUGAUUGACAGAGCUAUUCAUACAAUAACUUUUGUUUUCUCUGUUUUGGAGCCGUAAGAGAUGAAUUGUAAACUGUGCAACAAUUACCUUUCAGUUUGAUUUAUGACAGAUUUUUUUUUUAAUUCAGUACCAGUCGUCAUUUUAUUAAAUAGUAGAAAUACAACAUUCCAGGAUUAAAAGGCUUCCUCUAGGACUCAACGGUCUUGUUUAAUACCUAAACAUGGUUGAAACUGUAAAUCAGAGACUUGUUUAUCGGAGUGUUUUGUGUUCAUUUUGGGUCCUAAAUCUAUAAACAGAAACACGUGUAGGGCAUCUGUGCCUGUAUUCCCGUCAUUUCCAGUCUUCCCCGUUUUGAUGUGUGCGUUCUCAGUCCCCAGAUCAGUGUUUAGUGUGACAGGAAUCCUGUCGCACGUCGUCCGUGACACCCGAUCCCUGGCUGUUGCGUUGGUGACAUUUCUUCUGACACUUUACGAGUGUUUGCCUACAGUGAUGACCAACUGCUAACAACCACCCGAUUUUCUUUCUUUCUUUUUUUUUUUUAUUUUCUUCUGUGAAAUUUCUUCCCCGACUUCCAGUUCUACGGCAUCGGUAAUAUUACACAGCAUCAAAGUGACAAACGCCAACGCAAUGUGCUCCAGUUUGAAGGAUUUAGGAGAUUUUAAUGUGCCUUCACAGCUUUUCCGUCAACCAAAGGUUUCGUCUUUUUUCUUCGUCUUCUUCUUCCCACCUCUCGUCAUCACUAUUUGGUUGCAGCUUUGCAUGUGCGUCCGAUUCGUGAGCGUUUUGUUGGGGCGGCAUCCUCGUAGAGUAUUUCCUCUUUUAGCCGUCGGCUAAACAUGUCAUUGUCUAAGGUUUUUCCUUUUUUAUUUUAUGUUUUAUGUUGUCUCGCAUACAAUGCCCAUUAGGUGAUAAUGUGUGUAGUUUCAAGUGACCUUACCUUUUGCUGAGUUCAUCAAGUAUAACUUCUUAAGUGAACAGUGAAUGCCUACAUGUACAGUAUACAAUGUUCAUUCACAGACAUAACCCCCAGGUGUGAUGUAAUCAUGACCUGAAUCUCACGGGAGCACCUCAAGUAACGGCGUCGCAUAUCGUUGGUUGUGAAGAAACCGUCAUGGUUUCCAAGGAUUUUUUUUUAUUUUUAAAAUGUCUGUAUGUAUUUCAUAUAAGACUAGUGUCAGACAUUCACUUUUGCAGUUUAGCCACUUAAAUAUGUAAAAAAAGAAAGAAAAAUCCUCAAUACGUAAAUGUUUUACUUGAUAUUCAAAUACAGAACUACAGUAUCUCCCUGCAUAGAUAUUGUUAUGAACUGGGAUCUCUUUUUGUCCAUCUGACACCAAUGGAGGCUGCAUGAGCAGAGCCUUGUAGCUGUACAGAAAGGGUUCUAAAGUCUGCUUAAAAGGACACGGGCGUCAGUUGUGACGGAUAUUAUCAAGAGAUCGUUUAUCAAACAAUUUUUCAUGUUCAAGAACUACCGAGCAGCCGCAUCGCUUUUUGUUUAUCGACUGCUAAACGAGCCGGAGAUGAUCUCGAAUCGCCGCCCCGAUUGAUUUCUUGAUAAUAUUCCAAACAAAUGACCCCCCGGGUUCAACUUUGGUGCUUUUGUGCUGCUUCUUGGUGUUCUUUGUCUCACAGAGCUUUUUUUUUUUUUUUUUUUCUGUAUGAGAGAGUGAAGAAAACAGAUCCAUGCUGUGGAAUGAUAAAGGCAGUGCUGUGAAAUUUAAUGUCAUGCUCUUAAUACUGUUUUUAUGGAGGGGAGAUUGUCUUCAGGUGUAAUAAUUUAGAAGAGUUUAUUAGAGUGUUCAAAAGACGUAAUAAACAGCAUAAAAAUGA